GUCUCAUACAUCUCUGUGUGUGUCUCAUAGCGCAAUGAAGUCAAAAACACGAUAAGAGUUAUCUUAAACUUAAAUUUUCUGAUUAACAUUUUAAUAAGUUGCUGAGGUUUGUGGAUAGAAUACGUGAACAUAUAUUUUUGUGUAAUGUCUCCAAAAAUUAAAUUUACAAAGAUCUUCAUUGACAACCAGUGGGUCGAUGCUGUAAGCGGGAAGUCGUUUGAAACUUUCAAUCCACACAACGGUUCUAUCAUAGCGAAUGUUUCUGAAGGAGACAAGGAGGAUAUAGAUGCAGCAGUCCAGGCAGCGAAACGGGCCUUUCAUCGCAAAUCAGUCUGGCGUUUGACAAGUCCGAGCCGACGGGCUGAGUUGCUCUACAAAUUCGCAGCGCUUGUACAAAGGGAUUUAGAGUAUCUGGCCCAUCUAGAGACAUAUAACAAUGGCAUGAUUAUAAGAAACAGUCGGAGAUUUGUCAAAUUAGCUGUGGAUUAUAUAAAGUAUAAUGCAAGUUUAGCUGAUAAAGUUCAUGGCAAAACAAUGCCUAUUGGUGGUUUGUUCUCCUACACCGUAAAGCAACCAGUGGGUGUAUGUGGCAUAAUUUUGCCCUGGAACGUCCCUCUCUUAGUAUUUGCCGGAAAAGUGGCAAGUGCUUUGGCAGCAGGUUGUACAGUUAUCGUAAAGCCUGCCGAACAGUCUCCUUUGACUUCGCUAGCAUUGGCUGCACUACUCGCUGAAGCGGGAGCACCACCAGGUGUGGUAAAUGUUGUGCCAGGCUAUGGCGAGACCGCUGGUGAUGCCCUCGCUCAUCAUCUAGAUGUCGCAAUGAUUUCUUUCGCUGGCUCAUUAGAAGUAGGAAAAUUGAUUCAACAGGCAGCUGGAGCAAACAACUUAAAGAGAGUUGCACUGGAGCUCGGCGGCAAGAGUCCACUUGUUAUUAUGAAUGAUGCAGAUCUGAAUAUCGCUGUACCGUUUGCUGCAUUGGGCGUCUUUACUCAUCAAGGGCAAAUUUGCAUCGCUGCUUCACGUCUCUACGUUCAAUCAGGCGUUUAUAACGAAUUUGUAAAAAGAGCCGUGGAAUUUGCCCAGUCAUUGACACACGGAGAUCCCAGUGAUGAGGACACACAGUACGGUCCACAGAUUGAUGAACUCUUGACGACGCAUAUCCUAAAAUGUAUAGAUUCGGGUAAAUUAGAAGGUGCAAAGUUACUGACUGGAGGCAAACGGAUUAACAGCACAGGCUUUUACAUCGAACCGACUGUGUUUGCUGACGUCACUGAUGAAAUGACUAUAGCUAAGGAAGAGAUUUUUGGACCGGUGCAAAGUAUCCUGAAGUUUGAAACUUUAGAGGAAGUAAUAGAUCGUGCGAACGCUACUAACUACGGGCUUGCAGCUGGCAUAUUUACAACUUCUUUAGAAAAUGCUAUGCAAUUUAGUACACAUAUCGAGGCUGGAAUGGUUUGGGUUAACACAUAUUUGGAGUUCAGGCCCGAUGUCCCGUUCGGUGGAUUUAAGGAUUCUGGUAUCGGAAGAGAAAACGGCACGGAUGGCGUCGACAUUUUUUUGGAAGUUAAAACUGUAACGAUGGCAUUAUCAAAAGACUUUUAACGAAUUUAUUAUGCUGACAUUUUAAUAAAGUUUUUAGACUUU